GUCGUCAUGUUGUGCAUCCUGAGCGCCGUCUCUCUGCUCCUCUCGACGCAGCAAGCGGUGGCUGCGACCAGCGGGCAGGUUCCAGUUCGCGCAGAGAGCCGCCACGGUGGCUCUAGCCACGGGACGAACUUCGCGAACGUGUUCUCGAAUGGCGACCCCAGGCAGUCGAUGAGCCAGGCGUGGUCGCAGGACUCGUGGGGCUUGCUCACUUUUGCGCGCUCGACGCCGUCGAGGUGUUGGGGUGCAGAUGCAAACGUGCCGUACGAUGUCGCCGUCAUAGGCGCUCCAUUCGACACCGCGACUUCUUUUCGUCCGGGAGCGCGCUUCGGUCCCAAUGGCAUUCGCCAAGGAGCCCGUCGCAUUGGGAUAGAAAGGAUCAAUGUACCUCACAAGACUCGCGUCAGCGACUUCCUUGACGUGGUCGAUUGCGGAGACGUCCCUAUGGUCUUCGUUGACAACAAGGUCGCUCUGCGCCAACUUGAGCUUGCCAACAAGGACCUCCUUGGACAUGAGGCGGCGCGAUCAUUUGCUGGACAGAGCUUAGCGCUUGAUGGCAAGUUCCACCCACGUGUUUUGACGCUGGGUGGUGAUCACACCAUUACGCUUCCGCUUCUCCGCGGCGUUGCCGAGAUCUAUGGGCCUGUCAGCGUCAUCCACUUCGACAGUCACUUGGAUACUUGGAAGCCCCGCAACGUUACCGGCGGUCCCUGGCUUCCGGAUGAGGAGGUACCGGUGACGCACGGCAGCUACUUCUGGUAUGCUGCUCAGGAGGGUCUCCUGGCCCCGAACAACUCAAACAUUCACGUCGGUAUUCGUGGCGCCCUCGGCAGCUGGGACGACUACGAGAACGACUGGGAAGUCGGUUUCCACAUCUCUCAUGCCGAGGACAUAGAGGAGGUCGGCUACAAAGGCAUCGUCCAGAAGAUCCGGGACGUCGUUGGUGACAACCCAGUCUACAUCACUCUUGACAUCGAUGUCAUCGACCCGGGAAUGGCUCCUGCUACCGGAACGCCCGAGAUCGGUGGAUUCACGACGCGAGAGAUCAAGAAAAUCCUCAAAGGUCUCGACGGCCUCAAGAUCGUUGGCGCGGACAUUGUAGAGGUUGCUCCUGAUUACGACACGCAGGCCGAGCUCACGCAAAUCGCCGCGGCGAACAUAGGAUGGGACAUCUUGGCCCUCAUGGCCAAGACACCGCUCACUGUCUGAGGCUUGAGCAGUAUACUUGGAUUAUACGGUAGAGCAGUUUGUCGUAGCUAGGGAAUGCAGACAUUUC